AUGGCUUCCUCAAACUCCGCCCUAUUCUCCCCCAUCCGCGUAGGCAACCUGGACUUGCAGCACCGCGUUGUCCUUUCCCCACUUACCCGUCUACGCGCACAUGCAGAUCACGUCCCAGGCCCACACGCAGUAGCGUACUACUCUCAGCGAGGGUCGACCCCUGGCACUCUUCUUGUCACAGAGUCCACUUUUAUAUCCCAGGGAGCUAGCGGUUAUGGCAAUGUCCCUGGGAUAUACACUGAUGCUCACGUAGAAGGAUGGAAGAAGGUAACGGACGCAGUCCACGAGAAGGGAUCUUUCAUCUUCCUUCAACUCUGGGCACUCGGCCGCGCUGCACAAGCAGCCGUUCUCGCCAAAGAGAACAACAGUCCCCUCGUUGGCGCCGCAAACAUUCCCCUCCCGGGAAGGCCAGAAACUGAAGUGCUACAUGUACUCACUAAGGAUGAAAUCAAGGAAUACGUUGCCACGUACGCCGCAGCCGCCAAAAACGCCAUUCGCGCUGGCUUUGAUGGUGUUGAAAUUCAGGGCGCGAAUGGCCACUUGAUUGACCAGUUCAUCCAAGACAUCUCAAACAACCGCACAGAUGAAUAUGGCGGAAGCAUCGAGAACCGCGCAAGGUUUGCGCUCGAAGUAACAGAUGCCGUCGUAGAGGCUGUUGGUGCUGAGAGAACGGCGUUCCGAAUUAGUCCAUGGGGCAAAGCCAGCGCUAUGGGCAUGGCGGACCCAAACCCGCAGUUCGCCUACCUCGUCGAGAAGCUCCGCAAGCACAAACUCGCGUACCUACACGUCGUAGAGCCAACGCCUGAGGAAAGGGCUGCUGGAAUCAACAGCGAUUUCCUCCGUGAUUUCUGGAAAGGGAUUGAGGGAAGCCCCUUCAUCAGCACGAAUGGGCAUACCCGGGAGAGCGCCAUUGAGACGGCAGACAACAAAGGUGGCCUUAUUGGAUUCGGGAGGCUGUUCAUGCCAAACCCCGAUCUUCCAUUCCGCCUGCUAAAGGACCUCCCGCUCACGGCGGGUGACCCAAAAACGUGGUACAUACCCGGUAAUCUGGAAGCGGCGGGCUACUCGGACUGGCCCUUCGCGCCGGAGAACAAGCAGCAGCUUUGAGAUAAGAAAAAAUUGAUAUGGCUUUGUUAAGUUAGAUGCAUACCUUACCACAUACACCUGAUGAUCAUGAUCAUGUUUAUGUUGGAAUUCGGAUUAGACUGCGGUCUUGGACACCUAUUUAUUUGAAUAAGAGCACGUGAUCUAGCUUGAUGCGAGAGACAAACAACAGCAAAACAACAGACUAUGUUAUUGAAUAGCCAC